CCACGGACUUUGCGGCCGCCACGUAGAGCAAUCAAUUUAAAUCUCCGACCGUUCAACCUACCGCACUACCUUUCACUUUUCGACUUGUCACUGUGCCAGCGUCGCCAUGUCAGCUCAAUAUCAGGCACUCUCGACCGACGAUUCCGCUGAAAUAGGAGUUGAUCCACAACUGCGGUCUCAAAUCCAGCAACUCCAUGCAGAUCCCCGUUUUAACCACCCUGCACCUUCGCUCUGGAAGCGCAUUGCACUCCUUCUCGUGAUUGCAUUCCUCUUCUGGGCUGCAUUCCAGGUGCAGCCCAAGAGAUCACAACCUAAGGUCAUUCAUGCUGAAAGAUACUCGAAGGAUUACAAAUACCGUCCAGCAGCGAGUCCUGUCAUUACGGAGCGACUCAAAGAUGGUGUGGUCCGCCUUCGUGGGGCAUAUUUCUAGGCGUACGGGUAUCGUUAAGUCUAGUCGUUGUAUAUGUUAGAUAUCACUAUCAUUCCCGAGCUUUAGUCUCGUCGGACUUAUUGCCGUUCGCUUCUUUCACCUAAUAACUACACUCGUUUUCCAGAACUGGGGAUUUUGCCCCUCCUUUUUUCGUGGAUGGGUAUAACCCUCAAC